AUGCAAGCGCUCAACAUCCAAGACGAGAUAAAAUCGCCACGUGUAAAGUCUGUGUGCUUUCAUCGCAGCCGACCGGUUGUUCUGCUGGCCCAGCACAACGGAGAAAUUCGUGCAUACGACUACACGCUCUCAUCCUUCAUCCACAAGUUUCUUGACCAUGAUGGACCUGUGCGAUCGAUUCAGUUCCACCAGCACAACGAUAUUUUUGUGAGCGGGGGAGAUGACCAGUACGUGCGCAUUUGGGAUUACACGAACAGGACGAGCGUUAAACUGAAGGGACAUUCCGAUUACAUACGGUGUGUGCGUUUUCAUCAGAGUGAACCUUUCGUGCUGAGCGCGAGCGAUGACAGGACGGUAAAGGUUUGGAACUUUCAGAGCAAGAAGAAGAUUAGGACACUGGCAGGGCACACGAACUACGUGAUGUGUGCUGAGUUCCUGCACGACAAGCGUGUUGUGAGUGUGUCACUUGAUCAGACCAUCCGCGUAUGGAACAUCGAUGAUGGCACCUCUGAGAUUGUGGAGGCGCACGAUAAGGGCAUCAACACGCUCUCAGUGCUUUUUAACAACGGCAACUUUGCGAUUUUCACAGGCUCGGAUGACAAGUGCAUCAAGGUGUUCAACUCUGACCUGGUCAGCACGGAGUCGUUCAACUACCACAACAAGCCGGUCACCGCGCUGCUUUCGUUCAAUAAAGUUGUCGUAAGCUGUGGAGAGGAUGGCAUGCUGUUCGUCAAUGAGAACAAAAAGACGAGGCGCAUUGAGAAGGAGGGCCGUUUUUGGUGCCUGGCGCGCAACAGCGAAAAUGUGAUUGUGGCCGGUCAUGACGAGUGCUUCAUCAUCUUCAAGCUCAAAAACGAUCUCGUGUUCGACACGAAUUACGUGGUCAGAGACAACCGGGUGGUGAACUACAAAAAUGAGCGCAUCGCUGAUCUGAAGAAAGAAGCGAAAGACAUCUGCUCGUACAGAGACAUGCUUAUUGUGAACUAUGCGCACCGCUUUGAGGUCUAUAGAGUGCGCGAUCAGAAGCUGAGCUGGUCUGAAACAGGCAAUGCUGCGUUCUUCAACGAUCUCAUCAUUUGCAGCAACAAAGGCGAAUUUCACGCGUAUCAGCUGAACGGGCAGGUCAAGGACGAGUGCAUUUUCUUUUUGGUUGGGCGGGUCGUCGGUUUUAGGACGGUGUUCUUCGUGCUCAACGAGAAGAAGAUUCUGAUGGUAAACGCAAGCUACGAGAGGAAGAGCACGAGUGUUCCGUUUGUGGUUACGAACGUGUAUUACAGCGAAGAGAAUGAGCCGAUGUGUGUUGUAAUUGGUAAGAACGACCUCAUGGUUCUUGACAGCAACCUUGAUGUGGUACGGCACGUGAACGAUAUGACCAGGAUCCUUUCUGCCGUGAUAUCGGACGGUAUGGUGUUCUACAGCACGGAGAAGCAGCUCAGGUAUGUCUUUAAGCAUUCGGAGGGUGUGAUCUGUUCGGUAAGCGGCGUGAACCUCGUCAGAAUGUACAAGAAGGAUGGGAGGGAUGUUUGUCUGCUCGUGAGCGACACGCAAAUCAUUGAGCGAGAAGUGAACUUGGACGAGAUAAAGUUCAAGCUUGCGGUACUGAACAAUGACAGCGAGGCAAUCGCAUCACACAUCGGAAAUCUGCCGGGUAUGGCGGUCGUUAAUUUCCUGAGACACAACGGGCGUGGUGACAUUGCCCUGCCUUUCAUACAUGAGCGUGCGCAGAAGUUCAAAUUGUACCUAUCGAUGGGGGACAUUGCAAGUGCCUACGAAAUUGCGAAUGAUCGGAACGAAUACACGCAGAUUUACCAGAUGGGAAUGAAGAACGUUGAAUUGAUCGACAAGAACUACGACGUGCUGGAGGGCUGCCUGAGGAAGAUGGACGACGAGCGCAAGCUGUUCAUGUUUUACCUUGUGACGAAGAAUGAUGAGAGGAUACAGGCUAUGGUUGUGGAUGAUUUGAACAUCAGGCUGCUGCGCUGCGUGUACUUGGGCGAUAAGAAUGGGGUAAUGGAAAUUUUGCGAGACAGCGAGAAUAUUGUGGGUAAUCAGCAGAUGAUUGGAGAGGGUUUAGUGGAGGAGAACGAUGCCGAUGAGGACAGGUAUUAUGAUUAUGAUGGAGAGGGCAAGUUGUAUCAUGUUGAAAGGCUCAGUGAAAGGAUGAAUUUCGUUGUAGAGGGGUUAAAUGCUGAGGAGGAAUUCUGCAAAGCGAUGAGCUACAUCGAUGCAGGAAAGGCAAAAGAUACUCUCAAAGUGCUGUACACUGUUUUGUACUCGCUAGCAGACUCGUUGGAUGAAGAGAAGCGGUUCCUGAUUGGCCGGUACGUGGCCGGUUUAGAGAGCGAGCGUAAGAGAAAGAAAGAAACAGAUGUGAAGCGUGCACUUGAGCGUGCGCACUUUUUCUAUCACCUUGAUCUGCUGCCACAGCACCGCAAAAUACAGACGGAGAAUUACGUCGCCGUAUCGUACAAGAAUGGAAACUACGCGAGUGCGAAGCUCGCGGCCGAACAUUCAGACGAUGAGUUCUGCAUGAAAGUGCGCAAGAGCAAACAUGAAGGUGAUGCGAUUGAGGUGGGUAAGGGCGUGUUCUGUGUUGACGAGGGUGGUUACCGCGAGAAGGGGCGGCAAUGCGUUUUUUGCGGAUGUUACAACGUGAAUGAUGAGUGUGGAGGGUGUUACAUUGGUGUAGUAAACGAUGAAAUGUAAAAUUAAAGUGAUUUGUUGAAGUGCGGUCA